AUGACGGCGUCUUGCGCGCCUCGCCGGGCGCCUCCCGGCCACCCAGAGAGUCCCCCUUUUCCUUGGUGCUGCGGCGGGAUUCUUUUGCUGUCCUUAGUGCUCCCGUUGCCCAUAUUCUCCGGUCCCUGUAUUGAUCCACCAGUAUUGGAGAGUAUGAAGCUCAAGGGUGUCAUUAAACGCCAUUAUUAUCCUGGGGACAGAAUAGACUAUGAGUGUCACAGAGGAUACUUUUAUGUGUGGCCUUAUCUCCUCGCAUCUACUUGUGAGCCUAAUGGCUCAUGGAGCCCUAUUGAAGAAGCAUGUUUAAGAAAAUCAUGUCCAAAUCCAGAAAUAGAACAUGGUGAAGUAUAUGCCCCAAAUAAAACCUUUGAGUUUGAAUCAGAAGCUCACAUUUCUUGUAAUGAGGGUUAUUACUUAAGAGGAAAAAAAAUUCUAACUUGUAACCUUAUUGGAGAUAAUGUGCAUUGGAGUGAUAAGAUACCACAUUGUGAAAAGAUUUUUUGUGGACGACCUCCAAAAAUAAAACAUGGAAAACACACCAAUAGCUACAGGAAUAUAUUUGAAUAUAAUGAAUUAGUAACUUAUAGUUGUAAUCCUUCAAAUGGAUCAGAUGAAUACUCACUUGUUGGAGAGAGCAAGCUUAUUUGUUCUGGACCUGGCAAAUGGAGUACUGCCGCUCCUCUGUGUAAAGUGGUCAAAUGUGAACGUCCAGUACUCGAACAUGGAAUAAUGGUAUCAGAAAGUAGAGAAAAAUUUUCCUACCAAGCAGUGGUGAUAUUUGAAUGCCUCCAGGGUUUUUACCUUAAUGGCAGCAACCUAGUGUUCUGUGGUGGUAAUAAUACUUGGGAGCCUGAGAUGCCAAAGUGUAUUAAAGGGUACAAGCCUACUCAUCCAACCAAGACUCCACUUUUAAAAUAUCCAGGAUAUCCCAAUCCCAGUGACGAAAUACUAUCACUUGAUGACUUUGAGGAUUUAGAUGCAGGAAUCAUUGCUCUGAUUAUUCUUACUGCAAUUGUUGCUGUUGUAGUAGUUUGUACCUGCUUCUACAGAUGUCUUCACAGUGAGAAGAAAGAGAAGAAGGAUAUGAAAGAGAAGGAAGAAAAGGAUAUGAAAGAGAAGGAGAAGAAAGAGAAGGAGGAAAAGGAGAAAAAGGAAAACGAGAAGAAGGAAAACGAGAAGAAGGAAAACGAGAAGAAGGAAAACGAGAAGGAGAAGAAAGAGAAGGAGGAAAAGGAGAAAAAGGAAAACGAGAAGAAGGAAAACGAGAAGAAGGAAAAGGAGAAGAAGGAAAAGGAGAAGGAGAAGAAAGAGAAGGAGAUGAAAGGGUAA